AAAUCCUCAAAAUUGUCUGAAUCACAUACAACUGUAUUUCUGCAUUGUCCUCACCCUAAACCCGCAUCUUGACUCUAUAUCCUAUCCAAUCUCUCGUUCAACCUCGAAAAUGGCGACCAAGAACCCUCCCAAGGCCAAAAAGGCCCCUAAGGUCAAGCAAAUGGAACUUCCCAACGCCGCCAACGGUGUAGUCACACGAUUCCCUCCCGAACCCUCAGGAUACCUUCACAUUGGCCAUGCCAAAGCUGCCCUCCUCAAUGAUCACUUUGCCCACACUCAAUACCCCGGUGGAAAGAUGAUCCUUCGCUUUGACGACACCAACACCGAGAAAGAGAAGGAGGAAUACCAAGAAUCCAUCCGUGAGGAUGUUGCCCUUCUGGGGAUCAAGCCAGAUACCAUCUCCCACACCUCGGACUAUUUCGAGCAGAUUGAAGAGUACUGUUUCAAGAUCAUCAAGGCCGGAAAGGCGUUCGCAGACGACACUCCAGGAGACGUCAUGAGUGCAAUGAGACUGGCACGUGAACCCAGUGUGCACCGAGACGACAGUGUUGAGGACAAUCUCGCUCACUUUGAGGAAAUGAGAAAAGGCACAGAUGAAGGACGCAGAUGGUGUAUCCGGGCCAAGAUCUCUUUCGCCAACGACAACGCCUCUCUCCGUGACCCUGUCAUCUACCGAUGCCCCAAGACACAAACCCCCCAUCUCCGUACCGGCGACAAAUACAAAGCAUAUCCUACAUAUCAAUUCGCCUGUCCCAUCGUCGACUCUCUCGAAGGUGUGACACACGCCCUCCGCACCACUGAAUACAACGACCAAGAUGCGCAAUACAAAUGGAUUCUCAAGGCCUUGGAGCUCCGCGCCCCGUUCAUCUGGACCUUCUCCAAAAUCCAAUUCGUGCGAACCCUGAUGUCCAAGCGAAAACUCACCAAGCUCGUCGACGCCGGUGUCGUCUCCGGCUGGGACGACCCACGUUUCCCAACUGUUCGAGGAAUCCGUCGUCGGGGUAUGACCGUCGAAGGACUCCGUGAUUUCAUGGUCAGCCAAGGCCCGUCCAAAAACAUCGUCAACAUGGAUUGGCACACAAUUUGGCAAACCAACAAGAAAAUCAUCGAUGUGAUGGGAAAACGAUUCACUGCCCUCGCCGACACCAAUCUAGUCGUAUGCAAGAUCCAGGGUCUCGACAAGGAUGAACCGUAUUCGGAGACUAAACCCUGCCAUGCCAAGUACGACCUCGGCGAGAAAACCGUGUGGUACAGCAAGACCAUCCUGGUGGAACAAGAAGACGCACAAUCAUUUGCACAAGAUGAGGAAAUCACGUUGAUGAAUUGGGGUAAUGCGAUCGUGUCGGGAAUCGAAUAUGCUUCGCAGGACAAGACUGAAGAUAUUACCAGUGGUGUGGCCUCGCUCAACAACAUCAAGGAAUUGUCGAUGACGUUGAACUUGGCCGGUGACUUCAAAGCGACCAAGAAGAAGAUCACUUGGUUGUCGCAAGAUCAACCUCUUGUUCCGGUUGAGCUCGUUGAGUUUGAUCAUCUUCUGUCAAAGGAUAAAUUGUCUGAGGAGGACGAGGCCAAGUGGGAAGACUUCCUUACGCCAAAGACCGAGUUCACUACUUCGGCCGUUGCGGACUGUAAUGUCGCGGAUGUCAAGGUCGAUGAGGUCAUUCAGUUUGAUCGUAAGGGCUAUUUCAGAUGUGACAAGGCUGCGACCGAAGGUCAGAAGGCUGUCUUUUUCAAAAUUCCUACCGGUAAAGAUUAGAGGACCAUGUUAGUGGAGGCGAAAGCUGGGAGAUACUAUCACGUGUCACGGUAUCAAAAGAAUGGCUUCAGAAAAUAGAUGUUGCUUGGUCUCAAUUCAUUGUGUGGAUUGCCAUUAUACUGUGGCACCUUCUACCGGCGCGAUCUCUGUGACCCCAGAAUGAGACCAAAAUCCAUUGAAACCAACAAUUCUCUGCAUCGGUUUUUAUUUUCUUGUGGUCGCAUUCCAUCCAUCAAACUUGCC